UCGCCAAUCGGUCAUCGGUCCAAAGAGGGUCCAUGUGGUGGAUUGUUUACCUUUUUAUUUACAGGUUAUGUUAUUAUUAAUUAAUAAAUUUUAUAACAACAAACAUUUAAAAUAUGUCUUACCAUCGUAUUCACAGCGUGAGGUUUUACAAUCCAGAUGCAAAUGCUAUUCACUGUAUCAGUUAUGAAAAAGAUACCAAAAGAUUAGCACUUUCACGGUCAAACAAUACCAUAGAGAUAUGGGACUUGAGCCACACCCCUCACAUAGACCGAGUGUUGCUGAGUACCGACCAUUCUGUUGAGAGUUUAGUCUGGUACAACGGUCGCCUUUUCAGCAGUGGAUUGAACGGAAUGAUCAAUGAGCAUAAUCUUCUUACUCUUCUACCAAAGUACAACGUACCAGUAACGUCUGGACCCUGUUGGUGCAUGGCUCUAAACAAUAAAGAUGGUAUGAUUGCGGCUGGAACUGAAGAUGGCUAUAUCAACCUGUUUCAAGUCAUGGACGACAGUUUACUCUAUGAAAAGAUUUUAGACAAACAAGAAGGUCGCAUUAUGUGCUUGGCUUGGGACGCAACAGGAGAGAGGAUUGUGACGGGCUCAGAGGAUGCUGUCAGGAUAUGGAACGUCAAGACAGGACAUGCCAUACACAAGAUGACCACAGGACGAGCAAUGACCAACAGACCGACCAUCGUGUGGUGUGUCACUGUCACUGAUGACUUUACGAUCAUCACUGGAGACUCUAGAGGCAAGCUGAGCAUGUGGGAUGGCAGCACUGGUACCAACAUAGCCAGUCAUCAGAGCCACAAGGCUGAUGUGUUGAGUGUCUGCUUGGACGAUCAACAAACCACAGUGUACGCUGCAGGUGUUGACCCACUGAUCGCCACGUUUGAGAAGAUACAAAUGAAGGACGGAGUCAAAUGGGUGAGAUCCAUUCAGCGGAGAAUACAUGACCAUGACGUCCGAGCUCUGGCCUACUGUCAUGGCCGACUCUUCUCAGGAGGGGUGGACGGUUAUCUAGCAUUGAGCAGCUACCCGCCCAAAGUUCACCUAAGAUAUCCUCCAUUAUUACAGUCGCCGUGUGUGUACUUAGCCCCCGAGGCGAGAUGUCUCCUUUUGAGGUACACAACGUACUUAGAGUUAUGGCGACUAGGGUGCACUCAGGUUAGCCAACCUGCCAACACUCAACACUCUCUGCCUCUGGCCCAGGAUGCUGUUAAGUUGGUACAACUGCUCAGCAAGGACAGCCAACAUAUCAGGUGCGCCGCUGUAUCAAGUGAUGCGAAGUGGAUUGCCUACUCGACUGAUACUCUGUUCAGACUCUACUCGUUAGACUUGGAUACGGAGCCCAAGGAGCCGCGGUUGUCCAGAGUGAGUGGUUUGAGUGCCGAGUGCAACGCAGUCCACUGCGCUCAGUUCUCACCGGACUGCGGCUGGCUGGUGUGCGCAACCAACCACAACAACCUGUUAGUGUUUGAGCUGAGCUUGGAUGCCGGGCCGACACUUACUCACACCUUCGCCCCUCUCACUGAUAACCUUAUGUCGGAUGUUGUUCACCUCAUCUGCAUCUCCGUUGACAACCAAUACAUCAUAGCAGCCGACAGACGAGCGAAUAUUGUCGUCUGGUCAAACGGAAAGCACUACUGCACGCUGCCGAGGUAUCACUGUGCACCGACAGCGAUGGCUAUCCAACCAAUCACCAAUCAUCUGGUGGUCGUCUACUGUGACCACAAGAUUGUCGAGUUUUCACUGGAGAGGAAGAAGUACACAAAGUUCUCAAGAGGGUUGAGUGACAACCACCCCAAACAGUGGUUGGGGCGAAGCUUCACGGUGUCCAACGUGGUGUUUGAUCCUGCCAACAAAGACAUCAUCCUCCUGCAUGACGACUCCACCAUCUGUGUUAUUGACAAGUGCAAGACUCUACCCUCGACCGAGGCCAAGAUCCCUCGACUGGAGUUGUCACACUCCAAUGGACUAGACCCUGGAGACAACAGUAACCAGUACCCUCCCAGCAACACACCUCAACACGCCUUCCAUGUCAUCAAGAAGUACAAGCAUCUCGUGUACUUUGGUUGCCUGGGAGAAGGAGAGAUGGUGGCAGUAGAGAUCAACCCUCUGUCUUUGAUGGAAAAACUGCCAGCCCCUCUGAAGCAGAAGCACUUUGGAGCCAUGUAGUGGAUAUGCGAGUUUCAGCCGAGAUGUAUGUGCGUUUGAUGAAGAGGCAGAUCUUGUUCUCUCCGUGGUGGGUCGAUGGUGGAGGUCGGUGAAACAUACAAUGGACCAACGAUCUCUAGAGAGCAACGGCUGUCUGACGAACGCCAGCCGACCAUACCUGACACCACAUUCACAACUUCUUACAAAUAAAUACUUUACUAUUGCAAGUUUUUGAAGUAUGGUAUUACUACAGUGUGCUAAUGUUAGCUAUUGGAUUCAGUUUUUAUAAUUUUUAACUAUUUAAAUCAGGAGAAAAUAUUGAUUAUUAUAUUUUGGGUUUCCUUCAAAGUUUGUAAGGAAAAAGUUGAUCCCAAAUUAAAAAACGUAUCCUUUUUAAUGAGUACGGAAAAUUAGUCCUAAAUGUGAUUGUAUCUAAUGGUUUAAAUAACACACCCUAGUAUUACUGUACUUCAAACAAACCUAUCAAAAUCAACAUGCGCUACAAUUAUGAAAAUUAAUACCCAAAAUCUUAAGUUAAUGGUUUAUAUCCAACACUAGAUUUAACUACUUCUAAACUACUUCAAGUAAAUAAUUAAUAUAUGUAAUGCUUUAUAAAGAGUGUAAACAAUUUGAAAUCUCUGUUACUGAUUCAGGUUGCAAAACAAUAUUGGUUAGACCAUAGAUAUUUGAAUUAACCAGACUGAUUGGAAUCAAUGUGUGGGAUCCAAAAUAUUUUAAAAUCUCAGCUCUGAUUAGUUGAAAAAGAAUUUUUUUUACUUCCCUUAUCUUCAAUUGCUAUACCACAAUUGAGCCAUAAAACUGUCAAAAUCAAUUUAUUCAACCUGUAAUGCUCCUUUUAUGUUACUCGUAUUUGUGCUAUUUUGUAUGUCCUGUGAAUAAUGAGGUUGUUUUCAGUGCACAGCAUUUUGUUUUGUAAAUAUAUUUUUAUCAAACUUUG